AUGGAGCCACUGUUCCAUCGCCAUAAAUACACAGUUCCUUUUGCUUACUUUCAAGUUCUUGGAGGCGCAAGUUCUUCUAGGUCUAGUUCUUGGUCUGUGCUGAAUCGACACUUUCCAGUAGUCCAGGCUUCAGAAAGAAAUUUGGGAAAAAUGAUACCACAGCGGAUGCGAAAGGCUGUCAUGGAAAAUCCUAAGAAACUUGCCAAUUUGAUUGACCUAGUGAAUCUCCCUUCAACACUAAGAGAAUUCAUGGGUCAGUCGCAGAGCUCUCGGUUGGGUUGUUUUAGGCGUGUUUGGUUGCAUAUCAAGGAAAACAAUCUCCAGGAUCCAAACAAUAAAAAUGUUGUCAACUGUGAUGAAAAGCUGAAGCGCAUUUUGUUGGGAGCCAAAAUGACCAUUGCAAGUUCAUCAAGGCCUUUCACCUUUGACAUCUAG